AAAAAUUCAAAUAUAGCAGAAUCUCCUCUGUUUUUUUUUUUUUUUUGGGCUCUCGCAACAAACAAACAAACAUCACCGAUAGUAAACCAACAAAAAAUGGGAAACCGGCGACUUGCAGUAACGGUAAGCGACGACGACGACGAAGAUAACGUGCCGCUAACGCGUGUUACACGCGCCGCCUCUAACAACAACGAUGAUAACAACAACAAAACAGCGAAUCAGAGAAAGCAUAAGAAGCUUCGUCUCAACGAGGACGAAGAAGAAGAAGAAGUGCCGAAGAAGAAGAAGAGGAAAGUGCUUGAAAAUGAUGAGGAGAAUGAUGACGUGGAGGAGAGAGGUAGGGGAAAGAGGAUGAAGAAACUGAAGAAAGUUGCCGAAGAAGAAGAAGAGGAACCGGAAAUGGAGGAAGAAGAAGAAGAAGAAGAAGAAGAAGAAGAACUGAUGGAAGAUGCUAAGCCUAUUGGUGAGGUAACUAGGGUUACAGGUAAAGGUAAAGGGAGGAGAAACCACUAUGAGUCCUUCGAGUACGACGGAAAUCGCUAUGAACUUGAGGAUCCAGUGCUCCUGGUUCCAGAAGCAAAAAAUCAGAAGCCUUAUGUGGCAAUUAUCAAGGAUAUUACUCAGAAGAAGGAUGGGAACAUGUGGGUCACAGGACAAUGGUUUUACCGACCUGAGGAAGCACUAAAAAAAUCUGGUGGAAGUUGGCAAUCACGAGACACGAGGGAAUUGUUCUAUAGUUUUCACCGAGAUGAGGUACCGGCAGAGUCGGUCAUGCACAAGUGUGUGGUGCACUUCAUACCUUUAAACAAGCAGAUUCCAAGACGGAAAGAGCAUCCUGGUUUUAUUGUUCAGAAGGUAUAUGACACCGAGCUGAUGAGGCUUUUCAAGUUAACAGAUAAGGACUAUGAAGAUACCAAACAGCAUGAGAUUGAUCUUCUUGUUCAGAAGACUAUAGCACGAAUUGGGCAUCUUCCUGACAUUGAAGCUGAGGAUAAUUCUACAGCUCCUGUUAGUCAGGAAGACCAAUUUAAGAGUAAGCGACUUUUGAGGAAGAAGAGCAUGAUGUCUUUGGAUGUCACCAGAGAUGAUGAAGCACCAUCUAGAUCGGGUCAUUCUAGAGUAGAAACUCCAGGCAGUUGUGCCAAUAAUGCAUCAGAGUACUUCACCAUCCUCUUGAACUUCAAAGUCCUAACGGGUGAAACACAGCGUGACAAAUGGCUGGAAAAACUGCUGCAGUCAAUUCAGUAUUUCUGCAAUCCUGUGGAUAAUGUACAAAAUGAUGGAAAAGAAAAAGGGGGCUCAGAUGCUGCUGAUCUUACGGGUAACACUGAUUCUGCAAAACAUGUGAAUGACACUCUAGACAAUGGUGCUGAUAGUGACAUGUUUCGAUGGCCAGACAGUGCUGUUCCUGCUGUAGUCUCUUUAGAGAAAGCUGCACACGAGGCCCUCUCAUCUGAUUUUCAGAAGUACAAUCAGAAGAUGAGACAGUUAUCGUUCAAUCUUAAGAACAAUUCACUCUUAGCACGCCGUCUUCUGAAAGGGGAGUUGGAUCCCUCUCAGAUACUGAACAUGUCCCCAAAUGAGCUAAAGGAAGGUCUAACAGCAGAAGAGUUAGCGAGCAGGCAGCCCGAGGAGCCAGAGCCCAUACAGAUGACUGAUGCUCGUUGCAAAAGAUGCACAGAGAAAAAAGUGCGGCUCAUGGAGAUUAUUCAGGCUGGACAUGGAGAUCGUUACUCGCUGGAGUGUGUUGCUUGUGGCAAUAAUUGGUAUGCUUCUAGAGAUGAAGCUGCUAGCCUCACAAUCGGUGCACCAAAUGUUACAAAGAGCGUUGGAACAGAACCGCUGGCCACUGCUAAGUUCGAAAAUGUAGAGAAGAAUUUAACAAGUCCACGAAGAGCCGAUAAAGGAGCUGGUGAUGUUCUAAAGAAAACAACUGAAGCUAACAUGCCAGUUCUUGAUAGCCAGAGAUCAUUUAACAAGACCAAGCCUGAUGACAACACUACAACUAGCAAUGCUGACUGACGCUUCUUGCUAGUUUCUUAGUCCACCUUAGACAUGACCAUCUCCUAUAAAUAAUAGAUAGCAUAGUUUUUUAACAGUUACUUUUUAAUACUUACUGGCUACUUUUCGGUAUAGAUAUGGGGUUAGUAGAAAAAAUCGUAGUCUAGAUAGAAUGAAUAGUGAAGUCUGGUAUCAAGUAUCUCUGAAGCGACAACUUGGUAUGGGUUGUUCUCUUUCUAGGACUGUACAAUCUGCACAGUUGUAAAGGUAGGGUGAGGUUGAUUGGCGUGACUCGAGUUGUUCCGAGUCAUGACCAAUUGUUACGUUCUUAUGAUUAUUAGUAUGUUUAUGUGAUCUUAUGUAGUUUUAGAUUACUCCCUCC